AUGGAAGAAUAUGAAGAACUUACGGCCCGAGGCCUUAACGCGAAGAUGGAGGAUUGCCACAAGCGGUUGUAUGCAUAUAGCGAGAGGAAGUUGGAAGGGAUUGGCCAGAUUAAAGUUGAGAUCUCGGCAGGUGAUAAGAGGAUAGGUUCGCAUUUGGUAGUCACUAAGAGUGGAAGGUGUCUGCUGGGCCACGAAACCUCACAAGCUCUGGGUCUGCUUCGUAUUAGUUCGAGCGUCAGCAGUGAGUUUGUGGAGUGCAAUGUCGUUGGCGAGAACUUAGCCCCAUUUCUUCAGGCUAAGUAUCCAACAGUGUUUGUUGGCGUCGGAAAGCUGAAAGACUACAAACUCAAACUAUACGUCGACUCAAAGGUGACACCACUAGCUCAGAAACCAAGGCGUGUCCCAUUUGCACUGCGAGCGAAAGUAACUGCAAAAUUUGAAGACCUCAUUGCUAAGGAUAUAAUGGAGCGAGUAAAUGGGCCGACGUCAUGGGUUAGUCCUGUGGUGAUUGCGCCAAAGGCAUCAGGGGAUAUCCGGUUGUGCGUAGAUAUGAGGAAGGCAAAUGCAGCUAUCAUUCGUGAAAGGAUACCCAUCCCGACGGUGGACGAGGUGUUAGAAAAUCUCAACGGCGGUGCAGUGUUUUCAAAAUUGGUUCUUUGUCUGGGAUUCCACCAGAUUGAACUAGAUGAGGACUCCAGAGAUAUAACCACAUUUGCCACACAUGAUGGGUUAUUCAGAUACAAGAGGCUGAGUUUCGGAGUAAACUCAGCACCUGAGAAGUAUCAGCAGAUAAUAAGACAAGUGGUCUCUGAUAUCGGUGGGGUUCAGAACAUUGCCGAUGACUUGAUAGUGCAUGGCAAGAAUAAUGAGGAGCAUGACAGGCAUCUUCAUAAAGUAUUGCAGCGAUUAGAGGAGAAGAAUCUCACCCUCAACCCUCAGAAGUGUCAAUUCAGGAUGGACAAAGUAGUAGUCUUCAUGGGACUUCUAGUGUCAAAAGGAUCCAAGCCAUCAGCACGCAUUGAAGGCUGGGUGUUGCGGUUGCAACCAUAUAGUUACAAGGUAUGCUGCGUCGCAUCACGAGAAAAUAUUGCUGAUGCCCUGUCACGCCUGACAACGCUCCAAGCGUCAGAGAAAUGUCGUUAUGACGAUGAACAUGUUCGGAUGGUUGCUCUUAAAGCAGUCCCCGUAGCCAUUAAGAUCCAGGAGAUAGAGAGUGCUUCUGCAGAGGAUGAAGAGUUACAAGCAGUGCGUAAUUGCCUUGUUAGUGGAAAUUGGGAGAAGGGCCCACGGUCAUUUAUGAUGGUGCGCAAAGAAUUGACGUUCAUUGGUCAAGUUAUACUACGUGGAAGACGAAUUGUGAUACCCAAAGUGCUGAGAUUAAGGGUUUUGGAACUUGCACACGAAGGUCACCAGGGAAUCGUCAAAAUGAAGGAGAGACUUAGGUCUAAAGUGUGGUGGCCAGGAGUUGAUAAGGCUGUGGAACGGAAGUGCGGGAAUGUUAAGGGUGCCAACUUGUCACAAAGGAGACAAUUACUCCGCGUGUGAAAAUAACCAGGAUGCCAGAGAGGCCAUGGCAUGAUCUAGCACUGGACUUACUUGGGCCCAUGCCAACAGGAGAAUAUCUGCUGGUCUUAGUGGAUUACUUCAGCCGAUGGGUGGAAGUUGACAUCAUUAAAUCUACCACUUCUGAGACGAUCAUCAAGUGUUUAGAUAAACAGUUCUCCAGAUAUGGGUACCAAAUACCCUGAGAACGGACAACGGAACCAACCUAGUGUCCGCAGAAAUGGAAGAAUACUGAAUGAAAUGGGCAUCGAUCAUAGAUUGACCA